CCAGGCUGUAGCCGACACAACAUGUUCAGCUUGAUCAAGCUUCCCCGUGUCUUCAGCGUCCACCAAGUACCUAGAGCAUUCCAGGAGGACAGUAUUAUCUCUGGGUAUCGCCAUCCCCGUAGCUCCGCUACUGAUUGUGUCCUCAGCCUUUUCCAGCUCACCAACGAGACUCUAAAUGUGUGGACCCACUUCUUACCCACCUGGUAUUUUCUGUGGAAGCUGCUGACAGUGGUGUUCAUGCAGGACGUGUGGAGUGAUGCGUACUCAUGGCCACUGCUAGUCUACCUUCUGUCCUGCUGUGUGUACCCGCUGGCGUCCAGCUGUGCACACACCUUCAGCAGCAUGUCCAUGCGUGCGCGUCACGUCUGCUUCUUCUUUGACUACGGAGCUCUCAGCCUGUACAGCCUGGGUUCAGCCAUCACCUACUCUGCAUAUGUUAUGCCGGAUGCAUGGGUGAACGGACCAUUUCACACGUAUUACAUACCAGUGGCUGUAUUCAACACCGCCCUCUGUACCACCAUGGCCUGCUACUCCAGAUUUCCUGAAUUCCAAAGGCCAAAACUGAGCAAAGUGCUCCGAGUGUCUGCCUUCACCUACCCCUACCUGUUUGACAACAUUCCUCUCUUCUACAGGAUCUUUCUAUGUGUGGGAGAAGGUUGUACUGUGAAUGAGGCGAACUCCUUCCAUGUUUACCACACACUCUUGGCAUUCCUCACGGGCUUCUUGUUCGCCACCCACCUGCCAGAGAGGCUGGCCCCCGGCCGCUUUGACUACAUCGGCCAUAGCCACCAGCUGUUCCAUGUGUGCGGCAUCAUCGGCACACACUUCCAGAUGCAGGCCAUCGAGGUGGACAUGAAGCGCCGACGUCCGUGGCUCCUGGCCCACGCUCCUGCCAUUACACUGGGCGGGGCAGUGGGACCUGCUGCACUCUCCAGCCUCCUCAGCCUGGGAAUCAUUUACGUCUUCAGCCGGCCCCUUUUCCCUGGCCCCGCCCCCAGGACAGAGCUAAGGAAAGGGAGUGGUAGGGCAAGGAGAAGCUGCUGCCACUAGCCUGAGGCAGAACAUGGACGUUUUUGCUAGGCAGUGGAAUAUUUCAAGGGUUUUGAGACAUUAUUGAUAUUGAAUCAGGUAGUGAUGUGAUUCACCUGGAUUAUUCACCUAAGCAGUGUCAGAUCAAACCUCAGCAUUUAGACCUCAGGAGGUCUAAGUGACUUCAGGAAGUAUAAGUGAGUGAAGUGUGUGUGUAUGUGUGCGUGCGUGCGUGCAUGUGUGGGUAUAAGAUGUUGAUGGGUGCUAAUGACCUCAGGACUUUCAAAGCCAUAGAAAUGGUGCCUUCCAUAUUGCUCUCCUUUCAUGAUCCUCUCUCUCACCACACAGCACACUCAGAGGCUCCUUAAAGACCAAAGACCAGCAGUCAACAAGCCAAAACCGCCAUCAACCCAAACUCUCAGUGAGUGACGAGGGCAGUAUGGACAGGGUGACCAGCACUGCAAACUACUCAGACAUCCAUGACUUCCGUUAAACCGUUCUAUUCCUUUGGACACUUGGUGUGAAGUUUUGUAUGUUGCAAUAUCUUUUUUUAGAUCAGAUUUUUGA